AUGGACGUUGUGAUACAUUUUGCCGCAGGCGAUGCAUUUGUUAACGGGAGUGAGGGGGACGCGCCGGAUGUCGAUGGAAAGUACCGCGUCAAUGGGAAGCACAUCUAUGUGAUCUGGUCAAGAUCGACAAUUGACUCGAAAGAAGAGUUCCAUCAGAAGCCAUUGACAGUACUCCCGGCUGGAGUCCGCAUGUUCGGCUGGCGCGAAGUGCACCAGGAUGGUACGCAGGAUUCAUAUGGGGUGUUUUCUUUCAAGGAGAAGGCUUAUUGGCCCGAUGCCGCGAAGAAGUUCUCAAUCGAAGGAGAUACAAAUGCCAUUCGCUUUGAGAAGCGGAAGCCUCGAAAGCGUGCGGGCGGCUUUUUGGAGAACACUAUGGCAUAUUGUUCGAAGGACGGCGACGCGUUUGGAGAGAUGUUGUCGCCGGAAGGCGCGGUAGCGGAACAGAACAUCGACGAAGUGGACGAGGAGAAGGAGUGGCCGAUGAUCCGUAGCCCGGCCUUGGAAAGGGCACUGUCGAGGACGAAGCGGGCGAAGCUGCUGUCUACGGCGGGAGAGUGA